AUGGCGGCGCAAGAUGAAGUUGACGUAUGUGAAAGUUGGGAGGAUAUGGACGAAAUUGGUUUAGACCGCAAGAUCAAACUUAUGUCUAGCGUACCGCCGCUGAAAGGUUGCAAGGUUACAAACGUAAUUGUGGAAGAGAGCGCGUGUAUUGGGUCUCAGUGCGUUAUGCCGGAGCCAGCAAUUCGUAUACUAAAGCGUCCGUCAUCACUAGGAAGCGGGCAGCUUAAUGGAGAAAGUCGCGCGCGGCCUGUGAAAACAUUGGAACAAAGGCAGAAAGAGUAUGAGGAGGCUCGCUUAAGGAUACUCGGCGAAGCUCGAAGUCCAGAGGACGUUAUCGAUGAUAAAGUUACAAUUUGUUUCAGUCUCACUCGGCUACAAGAUAAAUUACAAGCAAACAAUCUCAACGACAAUCAAAGUGGCGGUAAAAGUAAAAACUGUCACAAUGAUAAUAAUAAAAGUAAAGAGAAAAAAGUUCUGGCCAGGUUACCACCAGGUGCUACAGCGGCUGGUGUCUAUCCUUCACCCCCACCACCUGGAGUCCUUGUUAUAAGAACUCCUAGAGGUCCAGAUGGAACCAAAGGUUUUGUGCGGAGGUAGCAGUACAUGAAUGCUAAUUUUAAUAUUAUUAUAAUCCAUCCAAUAAUUUCAUCAAUUAUAGCCCAUUGGACUUAUAUCUUUUGGAAGGUAUGAAAUAUGGUUAUGUUAUUUCACAAUUUCUUAACAAAACGGAUAGUUUUUUUUACUUCUUACAUUAAUAUAUACUGUAUUUGUAUCACUAUUUUUUGUGAUUAUAUAUAAACAAUUUUUCUCAUUGAAACUUGCUAUGAUUAAGUUUCUACUUUGCAAGUAAACACUCUCAAUACAAAUGCCAAAGAAGAAAUUGUGAAAUAUACAACUAAUUAUGAGUGCUCAUUUCAGGGAACAAAUUAUAUAUAUUGUAAUAUUACAAUAUUUUAGAUAGACAACAAAUUUAUGAGAUAGGCUCAUUGACAGUCAAUCAAAAGAGGUUUGAAUCAAAAAGUAUUAUUAAACAUUCAUAUUUAAAAAAUUACCACAUGUUCUUAUGUCAAGGAUUGUUAACAAAUCCCUAGUUAACUUGUUGAAUAAAUUAAUCAUAGAAUAUUAAUUCAUUAAAACUAUUCAUAAUGAAAUUCUUAUGAACAUAAUACUUUGAGUUUUAUAUAAUAACAUUCUACAUAUAAAUUAAACAGAGAUAGCAUAUGUGGAUUUUAAAUAAGCAAACACAUUUUGUAAUGAUGGAGUGAAUUUUCUAAUGACCUUUGUGCGUAUAAUUCAUCUUGUAUUAACAUUAAGUGAUAUAUUAUAUCAAUAUUCUCCUGGCCUAAGACCACUUGCUCAAUCUUUUGAGGCAUUUAAAUAGAAUGGCUUAAUAAAUAAAAAUGGCUUAAAUGCUAUUUCUUACGAUAAGUAACACUUUAAUUAUGCGCAUUCUGUAAGUAGAUAGAUUAUAAAAAUAUAAACAAGAAAACAACACAGUUUUUAGUCGACAUAUUAUUUAGUAUGAAGUACUAGAAUCAGCCCUCACAAGGUACUAAUCCAUUUUCAUAUUAAUGCUGCUUAUUAACACCAUGAGAUGUCAUAUGCAUCCACUGUUAUGCUCCUUAUAUUAUAUGCAGAAUGUAAUAUGCGAAACCAUAUAGAAAAAAAUGUAAAUUAAUAAAUUACCCUGGUUAAGUUUGAUGAAAUUUGAUAUGGAUAUAAAUACUUGUUCGUAAAAGUAUUUUUAACAUUCAACAGAUUACUAACAUUUCAUUUUAUGUAAAGUACAUGUUAUACAUACCUCAGAUCAAGAAUAAGAAAAAAAAGAACUAUAAAGGAAUGCUUAUUCUUUUAAUAAAUCUCUUAGUGUUACUUGCUAACUAACACUUGCAGUUUUAGCGUUCACUUAAAGUUGAUCAUUCAUUUAAUGUCUGUAAUAUUCACUUCGUCAUUGUUAAAAUCCUUUAUAUCAGAACUAGUGGUAAUCAUUCAUAUCUUAUUGUUUUUCAUACCUCUUGCCCUGAAGUUUAUUUGUGCUAAAUGACAUAAAAAAACCUUUUAUAUCUAGCUUUUUUACAUAAUUAAAAAAUGUUACUAGUGUAAGAAUAAUGUUACUUGUACAUUUUAGGCUAUUAUUAUGUUUUAGUUUAAUGUGUUACUGCUUUGAAAUUCUGAUACCAUCUAAAGAAUUUUGUUAAAGAAACAUUGAUAUUACGACUUGUAAAGUUUCGAAGUAAUACUAAUAAGGAGUGUUUUAUAUCCCUAAAGCAAGUAUCACAUCUUAAUUCUCAUGGUGCAUAAAGCUUGAUCGGAAAUUUUAUAUCUUGUCAUGUGUUAAUACGACUGAUAUUACUUAGCCUUAAAUUUAUUCGAUUGUUUUAUCAUGUCUACUUGGAUUAUUCAACUACUACCAUACAGCCUAGUCAUUUGUUUAGUUGUUUUUGUUUUAAAUAUAAAUGAUGAUAAUUUUUUUUUUUUUAAUUGUAUUGAAUGCUUUUGAUAAAAUGUAUUCAAUUUAUAGUUUAUUUGCAUUAAGUCAAAUGAAGGCUUGUUACAUUUAAUUUGAUGUCUUAAUUUUUUGGCAACAUUAUAAGCAUGGCAGAUAUAAUUUUUCUUAUAAGGCUCUAUAUAUAAUUCAGUAAUAUUAUUUAGAUUACAGUUAUUAUGUAAAAUUCACACUUUUGUAUUUGAAAAAAUUACAUUGAUUUUUUAUCUGUUCUUUUAAGAAAAAUAAAUGCGAUUCUUAACUGUGAUAAACAUUUUGAUGUAAUCUAAAUAAAAUCUGACAUUAAAUUUAGGUUAGCUUUAACAUUAUACUUGAGGAUUGUGAUAUAGAAAUAAUCAUCUAUAGCAAGCCUUAUUAUCCCAUCUUUUAUUUAAUUAAUAGAUAAAUAAAUAAUUUCAUUUUAAAUUUAAAUUAUAUUUAAAGAUUCAUUGGCCAAAAGUAUUGGAUAUUUAAUUAGAUUUUUUUUUAAGACAAUAGAAAAUUCGUACUUUAUAUUAUAUAAGUAAAAUAAUAUCAUGGUUUAUUUUUCAAUCGAUACAUGUUUCGACUGGAUUAAAUCUGUAAGCGUUACUAGAAAAUACAUUAUAAAAAUUAUUAGUUGAAAUGAUGGCUUCAAAAUGGUAAAUUGUAAAGAGCUUAAAAUGGGAAUCGUUACUUACCUAUUUUUGUAAAUAUGACGUUUUAUAUAACAAUUGACUAGUUGAUAUAUUUUUUACAAAGAAGUGAAUAAGGUUAAGGCGAUUUCAUGUAUUCAAUAGGAUUCUUUUAGCGUUUAUGAUAUUUGUAAUAGAGAACAAAUUAAAAAAAUAGUUGUCAUUUUUUUUUAUAAGGGAAACAUUGUAAUAUUUGAAAAUGGAACCUGUUCGUUUAAAUAGAAAAAGAAUUGAUGGUGUGGAAUUGAUUUAUCUGAGGCUUACAUUUACAAUGAUCGCAAAAUAUUGCAAGAAUAAAUAUAUCUCGAGAUAUUGUAGUUAUAAGUUUAUCAACGGACUUGUAAAUAAAAUUUUGUAAUACUAAACCUUAUUAGUGCCAAUUAACAUAUUUAUUGCUUGCAUUAGAUUUCGUGUUAUGUAUGUAUUCUUCCGAGCAUCGAGAUGAUCGUCACAAAGCAUUUAUUCUUUAAAUCAAUACAGUUAUAUCGAACAGCUGGAUCUUUGAGUAAUGUCGUAUGUAAUAUAAAGUGCGAGUUGCACUUCCGUUUAAUGUAUUUUGAUCGAAGUUAUAAAAAUUAACAUGGCCGAUAUUGCAAAUGUAAUGGAGAUUACUUUCUAAGCGAAUUACAUGUACUGUAAUAAAUCCGAUGCCUUUGAUACCAUUACAUUGAACAGUACGAUACCUACUGACCAGUAGAGGAUUUCUGUUUCGAUCUAUAAGGACGAUUUACUUCAAACGCGCCGCAUAGAUCCGUGCUACAGUACAAUUUACGUGUGGUAAAGGAAAAGUGUGUCUUCACAAAAUUUAACGGCGAUAUUGAUAUAGGAACAUAGUCGGCUGUAAUCGUAUGUCGCUGCGCGCGAUUAUCUCGGUAUGUGCGUGUAAUGCACCACAUGUAAAUUGUGCUACGGUGCGAUUCGGUGCGGCGUGUUUGAUGUGAAUCGUACCUUACAGUACACGCGUACGCAGUCUGAUGUAUAAUCAACUAAAUGUUCUAAGUGAGUUAUUUCUAUGAAAAUAAUAUCGGUACGAUAAACGUUUGACCGCGGCCGCACUGCUUGUUUAAGUGCGCAUACUUUGAAGGCAAUUUAACAAAUGGAUGUAAUGCCACGAAAUGCAACGCAUAACGCAAUGAUGUACGAUGUAGCGUAUCGGACAAAGCAGAUGAAUAAGUGAAUUCUAAAACAAAACACUAACAAAAUUGUUGUGAUUCAGGAACUCAAUGAGAAUCUUUUAAUCUGACAUUAUUUAGUUUAAGAAUAAAUUGUGGCACAAUAUUUUCAAUCUUAUUUAUAGCAAACGAAGGUACAAUUCACCUUGGAACUCGGUUUUGAGUUUAUCUAAUUACCUAAUGGAUGUCCUAUCCAUUGCGGUUUACUCUUCUUUAAUUUUAAGUAGUAGACGUAUUAGUUUAUUGAUUUAUAUUUUAACCGAAAUUAUUA